AUGGCCGCCGCCCGAGUCGGAGGAGGAGAUAAGUACAGGUUGUGCCUGGUCGGUGUGGCUCUGAUCGUGGCGGCCAUGGGGUUCCAGGCGGCAGAGGGCCGGAGCUACGAGGGCGUGAACCCGUUCUGCCGCACGGCCAGCUACCGGAAGCUGUGCACGGACAUGGUGAAGGGGGCCGGGAACUGGCACGAGGCGUCGGCGAACGCGAUGCAGUCGGCGCUGGAGCUGGCGAAGAAGCUGAAGGGGAUGGCCCCGCAGCCGCAGAAGCUGCCGGAGACGGUGCCGGCGAGGGACCCGGCGGCGCAGAGGAACCAGGUGAUGGAGAUCUGCAAGGACAACCUGGACGGGGUGGUGGACGACCUGGAGUCGAGCCUGGAGGCGCUGCGGAGCGACGACGUGGGGACGGUGAGGUCGCACCUCAGCGGGGCGCUGCGGACCGACUGCCAGGACGCCAUGCGGGAGUCCAAGAUGGACUUCCCCUUCAGCAGGUACCUCGGGACCAUGAAGGCCAACAUCGACAACUGCCUCGCCGUCGUCAUGCAGAACUAG